AUGCAGAAUGAAGAAUUUUCUUGGGUUGGACGAAAUAUGGAAACAAAAAAAGAAGUAGUAACAUUCUCUUUGGAUUCAGAAUGUGCCCAAGAAUAUAUUAAAGAAAAUCCGGCUUUUCUUAAUAUUGUUAGCUCUUUGGCUUUAAAUCAAACAUAUUUAGAAUUAUUUAGUCAAUUAAUUUUGGAAGUAAAUGAAUUAAUUGAAUUAAAUAGGCAUAAACAAGAAGAAAUUAAAUUGUGUCGAUUUGGGGAUUUGGAAGUAAAUGAAAAAAUAACGAGGAAGAGAAUGAAUUUGCCUUCUUGUUGUUAUCCUUAUUUUAAAGAUUUUAAUGGAAUGUCAGCUGGUCUGAAUGCCGAAGCUUUAGCAAUUAAAGAACUUUCUGUUGAUCCAUUAAUGGAGGAAGGGCGGAGAUGGAAUUAUUAUGAAAUUAAUUUGUUGCGUAUUUCUGUCUGUUCUUCACUUAAAGAUGGAAAAAUUGGAAUUAUUAAUUUUGGAGCCCAACCAAUAAAUACUUUUCUUCAAAAAAAUUGUGAUUAUUCUACUGUCGACUGGGCUAGAAUUUCUGCUAGUGAUUUUAAAGGACUUCGUUCAAUUUCCCAACUCCGCCAAAAAUGGUAUAACCAAUUAUGUCCAAAUUUAAGCAAAACAAAAUGGACAGAAGAAGAAGAUAAACAAUUAAUUGAUUUGUCCAAAAAAUUUUCUAAUUGGAAUUUUAUAUCUGAAAAUAUGGGAAAUACUCGAUCGGCAUUUCAAUGCUUUCAACGAUUUAUUUAUUUGAAACAAAAUGGUGGAGAGCCAAAUCUUUGGAAGCCUAAAGAAGAUAGAAAAUUGCUCAAGUUAAUUAAGUUGCAUAAAGUUGGAGAUGAAAUUCUUUGGGCUAAAAUUGCUGGUUAUAUGCCUGGUAGAACUAAAAUGAGUUGUGAAUAUCGUUAUUCUCGUACUUUAGCUGAAGAAAUACACAGGGGUCGGUGGACUGAAAAGGAAGAUUUAAAACUUUUGGAGGCUGUUGAUAAAUAUGGAGCUAGGAAUUGGAUUAAAGUUUCUGAAUGCGUUCGGGGGCGAUCACCUCUUCAAUGUAGAAAUAGAUGGGUACAUGUACUCGAUCCUAAACGUCGUGACCGGCCAUGGACAUUAGAAGAGCAUAUAAGAUUGUUCUAUUUUAUUCGUCUUUUUGGCCGUGAUAAAUGUGCUAAAAUUGCAAAAUUUUUGCCCGGAAGGAAUAAUAUGGAUGUUCAUAUGCGGAUUAGAUUUUUGAUUAAAUUACAUAUUGAGAAAAAUUCUGAAGAAAAAUCUCCUGUCUUUCGUCAUUUUGCCUACAAUUAUAUUCAUUAUAAAACCCGUCGUAAAACUAUUAUGGAUAACUUUGGCAAAUAUAUGGAGGCUAAACAGAAAGACAAAAAGACAUUUAUGGGAAAAAGACUUGGAUUUGGUUCAUUUAUCGAAAAUAAUAUUAAAAAGUCAAAAUCUUCUGAACAAAUUAAUGAAUGGAGUGUUAUUGGAUCUGGUAGAUGGACUAGACUUCAACAGAGAAAUCCGAAUGAGCAGGAUCAUGAGGAAAGAAAAAAGGAACUUAAACUGCUUCCAGAUGAUCAACGUGCAGAGGUAUUAUUAUGGUUAGAAAAAUCUGAUGUUAGAUUAAAAGCUGAACAAGAAUGUGAAAAACAAAUACCUGAAGAUCCCGAACUUGCUGUAAAAUUUUAUGAAAAAAUGUUUACUAAAGAAAGAAUUGAAGAAUUAUUUAAAUUAAUCGAAGAAUUAAUUCCGCCAAAACAAAAGGAUAUUACUUAUUUUGAAAAUCAGCAAAAUCGUUGUAAGAGUGUUGGAAGGUCUAAAAGUCUUGUUUCUCGUUGCAAAAGUGUUGGGGAUAAAAAAGUGGAGUCUGGAAAAAAUGAAGAAGAAGGUGAAGAGAAAGAAGAAAGUUUGGCAAAAAAGAAGAGAAAUAUUUUUGGAAGAAGUAAUGAAAAUAAGAAGAAUAAUGUUUGUAAAUCAACGAAGAAUAUUAAAAAAGAAGAGAUAAAUAAAAAUUUAAUUGAAUUAGAAGACGAGGAGGAGGAAAAGGAAAAUAAAGAAGUAAAAAAAGAAGAAGAUAAGGAGGAAGUAGAAAAAGAAAUUUUAAUUGGAAAUAAUCGUCAAAGAAAAGCAAAAAUUAAGGCAAAAGAACGUAUUGAAAAUGAUGUUAAAGUUUUAAAUAAAACAAAGUCUUUAAUUAAUGUUAGAGGAAAGAAACGCAAACUUGAAUGGUAA